UCCUUUUUUCUCAGAUUCAGCAUGAGGCAAAGCAGUAUGAUACAGGCUUUUGCCAUUUAGAAAAAAAAAACUGUACAUUAAACUGGACCAGCUUACUUGCAUUCAUUUUGAGAUUUUGUAUGACUCAGAGUAUAGUUGUUAUUUUAAAAGUAAUUCACACAACAGAUCUGUUUUUAAUUGUACUGAUAAAUCUAUAAUUUAAAAAUAUGAAUUGUUAAAAAUGGUUAUUUAAUUCAACAUACACAAUUUGUCAUUUAAAUGUUUUUUGCUCAGAGACUUCAAACUAGAUUUUAUGUAGUUUGAAUGCAAAUGAUAAGCAUUCUGCUUCUAAGUAAAUCAAACCCCACAAAGCCUGUUUUUUGAAAAAUCAAUAAAAAACAUUGUUUUUCACAGAAACAUUGUAAGCGUCCCCUUGGUAACUUGGUCCAAGUGCAUAGGAAAUUUCAGCAUCAAGGCAGUGUGAGGCUGUGAGGAAAGCUCUAUGGAUUUACCUUGUUCAGCCCGUCUCAAAUGUGAGCGCCUUCCACUCUGCGUGACACAUCUUCGUGUUUAUGACUGGCUCUCUCUGGAGAUACCUCGCGACGACGUGUCCCCUCUCUGGUUCGUGCUAUUUUCAGCGAAAGCGCGUCACGAUGCCGUCCGGCAAACUUCAUGUGGAGUGAAAGAAGAAUUCGUUCACACCUGCGGGAUUACAGCUCAUGCGUUAUCGCGAAUUUAGACGGAUACAGAACUUCAAAACGAUGAAUUCUACGAGCGCAGAACUACGCGAUCUGUCUUGCUCGGCUGAUGUCCUUGUUCAUGUAUGAGAGAUUAUUCGUUCAUCGCCGACUGUCCGAUAAUCACUUCUCCACUCUCAUCCCGCAGGUUUCCUCUUUUCAUCUGAGCGUCCGUGUCAAAUGGAAAUCUGAAGUGCUCCACUUUCGCAGUUUCUCACCUUUCGUAGCAAAAAGCUGCAGGGUGGCCCUUGUGGCCGGGAUGCCACUGUGUACCUUGCCAGUCGGCGGUGGAUCCUGAGGGGCAGGAGCUGCCCACCCAGUGCAGGGGGCAGAGGGACAAGCACCCUGACCACGACAUGAAUCUCUGCUGGAACGAGAUCAAACGCAAAUCCCACAACAUCAGAGUACGGCUGGAGGCCUUUUCGGACAACAGUGGGAAGCUCCAGCUGUCCCUGCAGGAGAUCAUUGAAUGGCUGACAGCUAAAGAUGAAGAGCUGUCCGAGCAGCUGCCCAUAGGUGGUGAUGUCGGAGCUGUGCAGCACCAGCGGGAGUUCCACCAGGCUUUCAUGGAAGAUGUCAAAUCCAGAGGGCCCUACAUCUACUCUGUGUUGGAAUCAGCUCAGACCUUUCUGGCACAACACCCAUUCCAGGAGCCUGAGGAGAUGUUGCCUGAUGGCAAAGAAGUCUCUCCUCGCCGGCGAAUGCUGAAUGUAAGUCGCUCCGUGUGGAAGCAGGCCAACGUGGCCAGUGACCUGUGGGAGAAGUUGACAGCGUGCUGCGUGGACCGACAUCGGCACAUGGAGCGAACCCUGGAGAGGCUGCUGCAGAUCCAGGCCGCCAUGGAGGAGCUGGCUGUGGCUCUGGAGCAGGCGGAGGGAGUGAGGGAUGCCUGGGAGCCUGUGGGAGACCUGUUCAUUGAUUCACUGCAGGACCAUAUAGAUGCUACCAAGCUGUUUAAAGAAGAGCUGACCCAGGUGAAGGAAGGAAUGAAACACAUAAAUGACCUUGCGCAUCAGCUGGCCAUAUCUGAUGUGCACUUGUCCAUGGAGAACGCCAGAGCUCUGGAGCACCUCAACAACAGAUGGAAACUUCUGCAGGGGUCAAUUGAAGAACGUCUUAAACAGUUGCAAGAUGCCCAUAGAGAUUUUGGACCCGGAUCACAGCAUUUCCUUUCCAGCUCUGUGCAGAUUCCUUGGGAACGUGCCAUAUCCCCCAACAAAGUGCCAUACUACAUCAACCAUCAGGCUCAGACAACCUGCUGGGACCAUCCAAAGAUGACUGAAUUAUACCAAGCUCUGGCGGACCUGAACAAUAUCAGGUUCUCUGCAUACCGGACGGCCAUGAAGCUGAGGCAUGUGCAGAAGGCUUUAAGAUUGGACCUGCUGAAGUUAAGCAGCUUGGUGGAUGUGUUUAGAGAACAGGAGCUGCAGCAUGCCGAGCAUGUGAUGGAUGUGGUCGAGGUCAUCCACGCUCUCACUUCCCUGUAUGAGAAACUUGAGGAGGAGAGGUCCGUCCUGAUCAAUAUCCCCCUGUGCGUCGACAUGUGUCUCAACUGGCUGCUGAAUGUUUACGACAGUGGUCGUAAUGGUAAGAUGCGAGUGCUCUCCUUCAAAACGAGCCUUGUUAUUCUAUGCAACGCAGACAUCCAGGAAAAGUAUAAAUACCUUUUCAGACAGGUGUGUGGUCCAGGUGGACUGACAGAUCAGAAACAUCUCAGUCUGUUACUGCAUGAGGCUAUUCAGAUCCCUCGGCAGCUCGGGGAGGUGGCGGCAUUUGGAGGGAGCAACGUGGAGCCCAGUGUCCGCAGCUGCUUUCGAAUGGCUCCAGGUAAGUCAGCAAUUGAGGUGUGUCACUUUCUGGAGUGGAUGGGCCUAGAACCUCAGUCGGUGGUGUGGCUUCCUGUUUUGCACCGGGUGACCGUGGCCGAGACAGCCAAGCACCAGGCACGCUGCUACAUCUGUAAGCAGUGCCCUAUCAAGGGCUUCAGAUACCGAAGUCUGAAACAGUUCAAUGUGGACAUCUGCCAGACGUGUUUUCUGACAGGCAGAACUACCAAGGGCAAGAAAUUACACUACCCCAUCAUGGAGUACUACACCCCGACGACCUCAGGCGAGAAGAUGCGGGACUUCGCAAAGACGCUAAAGAACAAGUUCCGCUCGAAGCAGUAUUUUAGUAAACACCCUCAGAGGGGAUACCUGCCUGUUCAAUCAGUACUGGAGGUGGAGAGCCCUGAGACGCCCUGCUCAUCUCCCAGGCUGCCUCAUGCGGACACACACAGCCGGAUCGAGCAUUUUGCCAGCAGGUUGGCAGAAAUGGAGAACCAGAACUGUUCCUUUUUCACCGACAGUCUCUCUCCGGAUGAAAGUUUGGAUGAAGAUCAGUACCUCCUACGUCACUCCAGCCCCGCCCUCGAGCAGGACUCCCCCCACGGCCACCUGCUGGCCCACCUGGACUGCCAGGACAGAGAAGAGCUGCAGCACACCCUCCAGCGCCUUGAGAACGAGAACAGGGUGCUGCAGGGCGAGUAUCGGCGGCUGAAGUGGAAGCAUGAAGAGGCAGCAGCAUCGCCCCAGCUGCUGGAGUCAGGUCCAGGAUCACCGGCCGGUCAGCAGGAUGAGGAGCUCCUAGCUGAAGCUCGAAUCCUUCGACAGCACAAGACCCGUCUGGAGACGCGCAUGCAGAUUCUGGAGGACCACAACAAGCAACUGGAGUCCCAGCUAUAUAGACUCAGAGAUUUACUGCUGCAGCCCAAAGACGACUCGGAGGCCAAUGGCUCGGCUCCUUCCUCUCUGUCCUCGCCUGUGUCAGGGGGUGACCACCAGGGGGAGCCUCCCAGCAGAGAGACCACAGACACAGAUGCUGCAGGUGAGGAUUUGGAUCACGAGCAGGACACGGUACUGCAGCUGCAGCAGGUAAUCGAACAGCUGAGGAACGUCUUUCCGUCUGAACCAGGUCCAUGAGGAACCUGAUGCAAAACUCAGAGGCCUAUAAUUAUGCAGGUCUUGUAUUGCACAUCUUAUUGUGUGCGGGGUCUUGAGAAUGCAGGGCAGGUGAAUCCAUGGACAGUCGACGUGGCUACGAGAAGAGUUUCAAGACAACCUUCUUAGCCUGCGCCCAGUUGCCAAUCCCAAAGAGCUGUGGGAUAUCUGAGUGCUAACUAAACAAACUAAUGUUUACAUGGUGCCAAAGGCCUGCACUGAUCCGGACACUGUGCUAUCCCGUGUAGUAAUGCAUGGUGUGUGGCUUGUUUCAUCAGUACAGCACAAGAACCACAAACAGGACUUACACCACGCAGAAGGGGAUCUCUCUUUAUGUAUCCCUUUGCCAACAACUUCUCUGUAUGUUUUUUUUUUAAUGGUUUACUAUUUUCUGUGACUCACUCAUGACCAGAAACAGAAAUAUACACAUAUACCAAUGGUAAGUCAUGCUUGGCAAUGCGUGACCCUUGUUCUGUGAAGCAGAAAAGAGCAGAUUGUCCUGAACUGUCGGGACACACAGCAAGCUUAUUUACACUGUAAGGAUGACACAUCUUUGAUUGAGGCUAUCAUUUAUUUAAGAUGCCAAAGUGCCCAUGAGCACUGUGCUCAUGCCCUGAUGUUCCUUCUCUUUUUUCCCUGCUCUUUCUCUCUUGCAUACAGUACU